GUUUUUUAGAGAUUUGAAAAGAAGAGAGAGUUUGUGUGUGUGUCUGUUUAGGAUAAAAAUAUUCAGAGGGAAGAAGGAGAUGGGUGAAGAGAAGCCAAUUAGGUUACUUAAUUUCGUCUCUGAGGAACAGUUAGAGGAAUCGAAGAAAGAAAGAGGGGAAAGAGUUGAGGAUGGAACCUUCCAAAGAGACAGGGCUUUGUUCGAGAUAUUGAAAGAGAACAAAGACAAGAAGGACGCUGAGUUUAAUGAACGCUUCAAGCAUAGACCACCCAAAGCUCUUGAUGAAGAUGAGACUGAGUUUCUCGAUAAGCUCGCCAUGUCAAAGAAGGAAUAUGAACGGAAAUUAGCUGAUGAAGAAGAACAACAACUUCGUAGUUUCCAGGCAGCAGUUGCAGCAGCACGAACAGCGAUGCCUCAGGAACCAAUAGAAGCUGCAAUGCCACCACCACCACCAGCUCCAACCACUAAAGAAAACAAAACAACGGGGAAGAGAAACACUGCGACUCGUCCAUUUAAUGCCAUCAUAAGAGUCAAGUCACAACCGAAGAAGGUUAAAGCGACAGAGGAGGAAGAGAAGAAAGAUAUCUCAGGGAAUGAUAAACCGGUUAGCCAAACCGACAGGACUUCUGCAGAAGCCAAUGUCACUCCUAAAGCUUUGCAAACAGGUUUAUCCUUAGUCUCGUAUAGUGAUGAAAGUGAAGAUGAUGAUUAGCAAUUUUUUGUUUCACUGAACGAGAAUCGACAUACACUCACAAGACAUCAUCUUGAUAUUAAUUAAUUUGUUAUGAUUUCCUUUCUCCA